AUGCUUGAGUGGGUGCUUUGUGGUUCAGAGGUGGAGGUGCUGGAGGAUGUGUGCGAGGAGGAGCUGGACGAGCUCGUCCCCAACCCCUUCUACCCUGACCCUGCUGCUGUUGCUGACAAGGACGACGAUGCCGCCCUGGUGGCGGAAGCUAGGAGGGGUGGGGGGGCGGAGGAGGACUCCGAGGAGGAUAGUGACUACGAGGAGGACUCUGAGGAGGAUGAGGACUCCUCGAAGGAUGAGGAGUCCGACGAUGAGGAGGAGGAGGGUGAGGCACCUGAGGAGGUGGGAGUUGGACAGGGAUGGGAUGACGAUGACGAGUGGUGGGAAGAAGGGCGAUAUGAUGGGGAGGAGGUAGAGGAAUGGGUAGCUGGACAGGAUGAUGAGUAA